GGACACAGCAGGUGUACAUACAGACCCAGGAAUUCAGCACAGGGAUGGUGGGAACCCCUCAUAAUGGGCACAGCAGGUGUGCAGACCUGGGACCUCAGCACAGGGAUGGUAGAAACCCCUCAUAAUGGGAACAGCAGGUGUACAGACCCAGGAAUUUAGCACAGGGAUGGUGGGAAACUCCUCCUAAUGGGCAGAGCAGGUGUACAGACCCAGGAACUCAGCACAGGGAUGGUGGGAACUUCUCAUAAUGGGCGCAGCAGGUGUGCAGACCUGGAACCUCAGCACAGGGAUGGUGGGAACCCCUCAUAA